CUCCCCGCCAUCAUUGCGAUGGGGCGGGCCGCGCCCGAUUAUCACUCAUUCUAUCCGUAGAGCCCAGUCCAGUCUGGCUUGCCUUAUCGAUAUCUGCCCCUCUAUCAGCUUAUCAACCCCUCCAUCAAUCACCAUCAGCAGCUUCACUUCACGCUGUGAAUCUCACUCACAUUUUGGACGCCAUUGGAGCCCAGCGCACGUAUCCGCUCGCAUUGCUGCCCAGCUGCACCCUCCACAGUCACGCAUCAACAACGAAGAACGGACAAGCAACCAAUACCCGGCUGAAGGUUCAUCGGGUGCCAGGGACGAGUGAGCCCAUCACACGCAUUUUCGCAAGGCAGUCGACGCGCAACACCUUGCAAAAUGUCCGGCGACUUUCCGCUUCCACCGAUUCUGCAGACACCCUGCUCCUCUGAGCCUGUUCUCAUAACCCAGGGCGCCGAAGGACGCCUAUACAAAACAACCUACCUCACACCGAAUCUGCCAUGUGCUCUCAAGUACCGGCCCCCCAAGCCCUGGCGCCAUCCUACCCUCGACGCUCGCCUCACAAAACAUCGCAUCCUUUCAGAAGCUCGCAUUCUCUCAAGGUGUCGGAGGGAGGGCAUUAGGGUCCCCGGGGUGUAUGCUUCGGAUGAGGUGGGCGGCUGGCUCAUGCUGGAGUGGGUGCCUGGCGCACCGGUGCGCGUACGGAUCAACGAGGCCCUCGGAGACCGACAGAGUGGGAUAGAAGAGGACGAGGGGCUCAAAGACCUGAUGCGGCGGAUUGGCAAGGCGAUUGGGGACAUGCAUGCCGUGGGGGUUGUGCAUGGGGAUCUGACAACGAGCAACAUGAUGCUGAGCCCGAAGCCACUGAAUGAAGUGGACGGUGAGCCCGAGGGCCAAAAGGGGUGCCUCGAGGGCGAGAUUGUGAUCAUUGACCUCGGUCUAGCGAGUGGUAGUCUCCUUAUAGAGGACCGGGCGGUGGAUCUGUAUGUGCUCGAGCGCGCAUUUGGAAGCACGCAUCCCCGAGCCGAGUGCAUCUUUGAUCAAGUGCUAGAGGCAUACAACGGCACUUUCAAACAGGCGCCGGCCGUAUUGAAAAAAUUGGAGGACGUCCGUAUGAGAGGACGGAAACGAAGUAUGAUAGGAUAAUUCUGAGGAGCCAUUUCAGGUUUUAAUAAUGCUUCCCUGCUUCU